CCAGCGACAAAUCGAAUUUUGCGGAAAUCUUCAACGAAACGAAAACGAGUGGAAGAACCGUGGUCGAGGUGUGCAAAAGCAAAGACAAGCUAACGAAAAUCCGGCAGCGCAGAAUUCAACUUGGUUUCUUGCGUUUUCGCAGGUUUUUCUACUCAUUUCUUAAAAACAUUUUCUUCCAUUGACUCCUAUUUGUUAAACUUUAAACUCUUUCUUCUUCGCGUAACUUUAACUUUAACAAGUUUUGUUAAAAUAGUUAAUACCUACACCGAAACGGAGUGAGUGUUUAGUGGAAAAAAAGUGUUUUUCAUUCCAAUCAAACAAAGAACAAAAAAAAGUAAAAGGAAAAAUCCAUACCAACCCCGUGAGCCGCGGCUGGACACAAAAGGGCAUACAAAAACAAGCAAUGACGCAAGGAUUGUUUCUUCUUUAAUCAGUGUUUUAAUUGUAACAAGUAGAAAAAUUGAAAAAAAUAACAUAAUAAGUGCAAAUAAUAAAUAAAAGACAGUGAUACAAAAACUACUAGUCCAACAUUAUAUUGAAAGAGCCAUACAACGAAAAACAAUAACAACAAAUUCUAUACAAAUCAACUAAAUUAAACAACAAAUUGCUUUGCCCCGAUAUAAAAAGAUAUAAUAUGCCAUCCCGACAUCGAUUACGUUAUGCAUCAACAAGUAGCGCACCGCAAGCUCUUUUAAAUAUUAACAAUCAAAACAAUCUUAAAGCAUCAGCAUCGGCUGCCUCCUCGAAAGCGGCUGUAAAUUCAACAAAUUCUCCUUCAUCUUUUACACCAAGAGGAUUGAAUGGAAAUAAUUUAAGUCAUCUGAAUAAUAGUGGUUGCACGACAUUGGCAGCAAAUAAGCACCAACAUCAACUUCAUCAUAACCAUCCUAAUCAUUCUCAUCAUCUCCAUCAAUGUCACAGCAACAACACCGGCGAAGGAUGUUCUAUUGAAUCUUUCCCAGAUGACAAGCAAGUACGAUUAGCCCAUUUGUUGACGUUGACCAAAGAACAGUUAAAAGUCGAGUGUCGCAAACGAGGUCAGAAAACAAAUGGAAAUCGCUUUGAGCUGUUACAACGUCUUGGCAUAAAAAUGUCUCAAAUGCAAAAGAAAGGUCAACAAAAUCUCGAUAACUCACCUCGCAGCCGAAAAAACAACUCCAAUAUGGAUCUAAACUUAAAGUCCUCUCACACUAGUGGUGUAAGUUCACAGAAAAAGGCAAAUGGUUCUCCAAACGGAACUCCACCGCAGCAACAACAACAAAUUAUUAUGAAGAAAAAAACACAAAAGACUAAUAAAGAUAAGGAACGUGAAGAACGCGAACAACUUGUCCUGUUGCGAAGUCCCAUCCAAACCAUCAAGUAUUGCUCAUUAGAAAUAGUUACACUUACACAAACAUACGGAAGACAGCUGUUGCAGCACCGAACUCUUUUAGCCGGAUUUUUAUUAUUAGCUAUCAUUUUAAGCAUAUUAUACAAUAUUCCUGGACAACAUCAAAUAGCUGUAGAAAUGAUUCGUAGGAAUACAUGGUUCUUUAUCUAUUGGAUUGGUUUGGGAAUACUUUCUUCAGUUGGCCUUGGUACUGGCUUACAUACGUUCUUGUUGUAUCUUGGACCACAUAUAGCUAGUGUUACCUUGGCUGCCUAUGAGUGCAAUGCUUUGAAUUUUCCAAAGCCACCGUACCCAGAUGAUAUUAUAUGCCCGGAAGUGCCGAAUUUAUCACAACCACCUAAUUUGUGGAAUAUUAUGCGAAAAGUUCGAUUAGAAGCAUUCUUGUGGGGGGCAGGCACAGCGCUUGGAGAAUUACCACCAUAUUUCAUGGCUAAGGCGGCUCGUUUGUCUGGCUAUGACCCUGAAGAUGCCGAAGAUAUUGCCGCCUUUGAAGAGCUAAAAGCAAAAAAAGGCCAAAAAGACCUUGGAUUUGUUGAUAGAGGAAAGUUGCUUAUGGAACGUGUUGUUGAAAAAAUCGGAUUUUUGGGCAUUUUAGCUUGUGCUAGCAUUCCAAAUCCUUUGUUCGAUUUAGCUGGUAUUACAUGCGGUCAUUUCCUUGUCCCAUUUUGGACAUUCUUUGGUGCAACUCUUAUUGGAAAAGCCAUUAUAAAGAUGCACAUCCAGAAAGUAUUUGUCAUAAUUGCAUUCAAUGAGUCACUUAUCGAACGUGCAGUCGAUAUGCUACAAAUCAUUCCGAUAUUCGGAAAGAAACUUCAAGAGCCAUUCAAAGGAUUUCUACAAAAUCAAAAACAUCGCCUGCAUCGCCAAAAGAAUGCCGGAAUCAAGGAAUCCGGCAAUUUACUCUCAAAGGUCUUUGAGACAUUUGUAAUUUGCAUGGUAUGCUAUUUUGUUAUGUCGAUCGUGAAUUCUCUGGCGCAGAAUUACCAUAAGCGUAUUCAUAAAAAAGGGAAGAAAGUCGUUAAAAAGGUCGCUAGAGAUUAAGCGCCCUUACAAAUCCUCAACCGCUGGACUAGUUUACAAAUAAAUGUACAUUAUUAAUUUAAUUUGUAUUUUCCGUUUUGUUUUGUUUCUUUAUUUUUUCUUUUAAAUAAUUAUUAUUUAAUGUCAUUGUGUUUUUGUUUUGAAUAAUAAAUUAUUUGAAUGCAUGUUCUGAUUCUUGA